CAACAAUUACUUAACAUAUUUGAAGUUGUAAUUUCAACAUUAGAAGGUAAAUUAAAACGAAUUGAUAAUCUUGAUAAAGCAGUUGAACAUUUAAUGAGACGCGUUGAAGCACUUGAUAAUCGUGUCGGUGAUAAUAUUAUUAAAACAGAUUCUGUUAUUUCAAAAUUAAGAUCACUUGAUAAUAAAAUCUCAUAUGAACCAAUUGAAAUUAGAACAGUGAAUGGUGGAGGUACAUCAAGUGCAACAAGAGGUCCAAGAACAUCAUCAUCAAAUUUAGAUAGUCGUUUAGUAUCACUUGAUCAAAAAGUAACUGAUAUUGAUUCAAAAUUGGAAGGAUUAAAAAAUCAAAUUGAUAAUAAUUUUUUACAAGUUGAUGAUUUUAAUGCUGAAGCAAGUGAAAAGAAACCAAUUAGUAUGAAUGUUAUUGAAAUAACAAAAGCAAUGAAUGCUGAAGUAAUGAAUCAUAUGACAACAGAAUUGGGUCAAUUAAGAACAACAACUGAUAAUAUUGAUAAAAAAUUACAAUUUCAUAUAAAUAUUGUAUCAGAUAAUGUUGGUCGAAUGUUACGUAUGGUUAAUGAAAUACAUGAAGCUGUUGUUGAUCAUCAUGAACAAUAUAACAGUUUAAAUGCAUCAUCUACAACAACACCAGUACCUUUAAUAAAAUCAAGUAAAAUUGAUGCAUUAGUUAAGCAAAUUAAACCAAUAAUGUCAGUUUCAGAGAAAAUGGACGAAGUAUGGAAUGUUGUUGUUGGUACAAAAUCAUCAGUUGAUCAUUUAGUACCAAAAUCUGAUGAAUUAUUAACACAAACACAACGUCAAGAGCGUGCAAUUGGUGAAAUUCAUCAUGAUUUAAAAACAAAAACAAAUUUAAUUAUAACAAAUUUGGAUAUGGUUGAAAAACGUUUAAAAAAACAAGAAGAUGAUGUUUCAAUAUUAGCACAAAGACCAGUACCAGCUGAAUUAUUAAUGGAUCCAACAAUAGAUCGUUUAGUUGAAUACGAUCCAAAUAGGUAUUCAGUAAUUGAUGAUUAUACAGAACCACUUCCAGUCACAACAUAUCCCACACCAUCAUCAUCAACGGCUACAACUUUAUCAACAUCAACAAUAAAUCCAACAACACCCUCAUCAAUAUUUAAUGUAAUUAGUUCAACUGUAACUGCUGUAACAUCAACAUCGACACAACAAACAUCAAAUCAACAAAAUGGAACAUCAAUAUCUUCAUCGUCAUCAAUUUCAUCAACAUCAUCAACUUCAAAACCUUUAUCACGUAAAGGUGGUAUAAUAUUUCCAAGUGUUAAGAAUAAACCAUCAGUACAAAAUAAUACAACAUUUUCCACCGAUAUUUUAUCACUUAAAGAUGUAAAGGGAUUCUCAUGCGUAGAUUUAUUGAAUGCGGGGAUGCGUCAGUCUGGUGUUUUCUACUUACAAAUACGUGGUACAACAUAUUGGUUUUUAAAAGUUUUCUGUGAACAAGAAAUCGCUGAUGGUGGAUGGACGGUUAUUCAAAGACGAGAUGAUUUCGGUGAUCCACGAGAAAAUUUUAAUAGAGAUUGGUCUGAUUAUAAAAAUGGUUUUGGUGAUCCCGCUAAAGAAUUUUGGCUAGGAAAUGAAAAUAUAUACAUGUUAACAAAUAAUGAAGAUUAUAUUUUGAGAGUUGAAUUAGAAGAUUUUGAAGGCAAUAAAAGAUACGCGCAAUAUUCACAUUUUAAAAUUCAUUCAGAAUCUGAUUAUUACAAAUUAGAAAUUGAUGGAUAUGAAGGUACGGCAGGUGAUUCCUUGAACGAUCCUUGGUAUGGUGCCAAUAAUAGUCCAUUUUCCACAUAUAACAGAGAUAAUGACAGAAGUUCGUUAAAUUGUGCUAGUAUGCUCAAAGGAGGCUGGUGGUGGAAAUCAUGUGGACGCGGUCUUAAUGGCCUUUACUUGCACGAUCCUCAAGAUUUAACAGCAAGACAAGGUGUUGUUUGGUUCCGUUGGCGUGGAUGGGAUUACACACUUAAAAAGUCACUAAUGAUGAUAAGACCUAAGGGACCACAACCAAUGGGAGCAAGCUCAACGACAAACAAUACAACAUAAAUUAUUAUUAUUUUAAAUUUUUAAAAUAAUUUCCUAUAAGCAACUAAUUCUAUUUUGAAUUUGAACACUAUAGAAAAUUUAAUUUUUAUGGACUCUUUUAUUAAAAUUUAACGAAUUUAAACAAAAUUAUAAUAUCAGCAUUAGUGAUUCAUCAAGUUCUAAAUUUCAUAUCAUAAUUUCAAAAAGAAAUCCUCAAUUUCAUAACCGUAUUUAAUUUUUUGACAAUUGUUUAUACAAGCUGGUAAUCUAAUUAAUAAUUUUUGGAAAUUAAUUUUUAUUAUUUGAUGUCUGUAGCUGAAUUUCAAUUCGCGAAAAUAUUCUUAUAACGUCCUGUCAAAUCGGAACUGGUUUUUAAUCUUUAUGUUUCAAUUUUUACAAACAAUAAUUAUUAAUUUAUUUUCUCAAUCCUAAAUUUUAUUUCUUAAUAAUAUUAUUUGUCGAAAUAAUGGAAAAUUCUUUUUAUUUUUAAAUUCAUCAAAAUCUCAUUUCAACGUUAUAAAUUAUUUUAUGCAUAUCAUUUAUAUUUUCAUUAUUAUUUCAUUUUGCGUAAAAUUUUUUACUGUUGUUUUGACAAAUUAUACACCAAAUUUGACAUGAUAUACUAAUUAAACUUAACAAUGCAUUACAACUGUUUAAAAUGAAUUUACAACAUAUUACAUCAAUGUUUGA